UAAGGCAGGAUUCUCAACACUAGCUGCACAAGCUGAAUAAUUUUCCCUGGAUAUGAAUAAAGUGUCACUGGAUGUCAAAGUGUUGUUGCCACCACUUGGUGCUACUGGUCAUUCAGACAGGUAAUUGAAUUUAGCCACCCAAUGCUUGGUUAGCAAGAGAAACCCUAAUUCUAUGUGAUCAGCUGUACAUAGUUGUCUUGAGUCAGAAGGUGCCAGAUUUGGACAGGAUUAUAGAAUUGUUGAACCUAUGUAGAACAUAUAUAUGUAGAACUUCCUGAGUCUGGGGUUACAAGUCAAGGGUGUCAGAACAAAGCUGGAGAACACAGACAAGCCUUGGAGUGUGAAAAUGUAGGUUGGGUUGGCAUGUGGACUUCUAGAACUGCCUGAGGCAUUGGCAGGAGCAGAGCCUGGUUCUAAAAACUAUUAGAAGGAGUUUAUACUAGUCAUGGAAUAUGUGACCAGAUACUACCUUGUUUGAGGGAACAGGCUUCUCUUUUCAAAUGCAAAGAGGUGCUUCCUCCAAUAGCACACUGUUAUAACUCAAGUGAUUUUGUUAAACUGAAGUAUUUUUUCAUUAUAUUUUAUUUAAAUGUUAAAACUGAUCUCCAAUAAAGGAAAUGGAAUAAAAUUAAGAAAAAAAACCCAAACGGAAAAAAAUUCCUUACCAGACUAACUCAGCACUCUAGAUUUUGUUCUCUACUGUGCCAGAGACUGAAUCUUCUAUCCUAUCCUAGCCCCUGCUCCCACGAAAACAGCCAUCACUUUCUCAUCAAUACUUAUACCCACAAAAUAUGAAUUUCAAGCAUCCCUCUAACCACUAUCUCCAAUUCUUACAACUCGUUUACCCAAGUGUCCCUACAGAAGCAAUUCUUCAAACCCAAACCAAUGAUUUUAUGAUUUUUGCUCUCAUCAUAAACCUCUGUAUGUCCCCCCAUUUAAUUCCUUGCCCAGCCUUGUUUCUGUGAUUAAUUCACUUCCUUGCCUCUACUUUUUUCUUUAUCUUUUAAUAUGCCUGGAAAAUAACCAAACCCCAUUUAAAACCAAGUAUCUAAGCAGUUAAAUAUCUGAGACAUUUGCAUACUUGUUCAGUGUGGUCUCAGAAUUUCAAAUGGGCAAAUAUAUUGCAAGUUUAUCCUACUGUAUGUCCUUAUUAAAUUAGCUUUCGACUUGAUACACCUGAAUUGUGUGGUACUGGUUCAUCAAAAUCCCUCGCUGCCAACUCAACUAAAAAUACAUUACCAUAUACACAGCGUAGAUAGGUAGAUAGGUAGAUGGAUAAACUCUGCUCAUGGUCUCAUCUCACAAUUCUUCAAAAGCUUUGCAGCAAUCAGUUAGAAAGUCUUUCAUACUCCAGCCAUAAAAUCCUCUAAGAUAACUGCUCAGUCUUUACUCUCUUGACCUUUCAUGCUAUUUACAAAAAAGUAAAGGGCCCCUCCUUCUAUCUAUAGACAAAACUCUACCUGUGCUGUCUGGAUCUCUUUCCUUUUCCCUUUCUCAAAGACUAUACUUCUACUGUUAAUAUCCUAUUCUGCUGCAUCAAUAAAUUCUGUUUCCAUCAAGUAUACAAAAUGCUCUUUGCAUUAAUACCCAUCUUAAAAAUAAAAGAAACCUCUGGAGGCAUAAGACAAGGAUCUACAAAAUAACAUAGGGAGUUGAUAUUGGGGUGGUAGACUGCCAUCCAGUAUCAAAGUUAGCAUGAUGAUUCAGAAGUUAGCCUAGAAGUAUGUGAUCGUGGCUUCCAGUACAGUUAUGAAAUGAUGUAUAUGAAUAAGAGGGCUAAUGCGCUGGGGUAAUCAGGAGGCACAAAAGGAGUUUUAAUGUUUCUCUUUCUUGGAUUCCCAGGGUAAAUCUUUUUAUCACCAUGGAAAACCGCAGCAUGAUCAGUGAGUUCAUCCUUCUUGGGUUUUCUGCUGACCCUCAGACCCAGAUUCUGCUCUUCGUGUUAUUUCUGGUGAUUUACCUCCUGACCCUCAUGGGGAAUCUGGUGAUGCUGCUGGUUAUCAGGAUUGAUCCCCACCUCCACACACCCAUGUACUUCUUUUUGAGACAGCUGUCUUUUCUGGACCUCUGCCACUCAUCCGUCACAGUUCCCAAGAUGCUGGAGAAUCUACUUUCUGAAAGUAAAACCAUCUUUGUAGAGAGCUGCCUGGCUCAGGCCUUCUUUGUGUUUGCCACCGGGGGCACGGAGGCCUGUCUGUUGGCAGUGAUGGCCUAUGACCGCUAUGUAGCCAUCAGCUCCCCUCUGCUCUAUGGCCAGGUGAUGAGCAACCAGCUCUGUGUGGGGCUGGUGUGGGGCUCCUGGGGCCUGGCCUUUGUUGAUGCUCUCAUCAAUAUCCUCCUGGCUGUCAAUUUAGACUACUGUGAGGACCACACUAUUCCCCACUUCAGCUGUGAGCUGUCUUCUCUCUUCCCUCUGUCUUGCUCUGACACCGCCACCAAUUUCACACUCCUGCUCUGCUCUUCUGUCUUGCAUUUCUUUGGCACCUUCAUUAUGAUUGUUUCCUCCUAUGCCCGCAUUGUCUCCACCAUUCUGAGCAUCAGCUCUACUUCGGGCAGAAGCAAGGCCUUCUCCACCUGCUCUUCUCACCUCACUACCGUGAUCUUGUUCUAUGGCUCAGGCUUCCUCAGCUACCUUUUGCCAGCCUCAGGUUCCCUGGAGAUGGUCUUCUCCUUGCAGUACAGUGUAGUCACACCCAUGCUGAAUCCCCUCAUCUACAGCCUACAGAACAAGGAGGUGAAGGCAGCUAUGAGAAGAAUGUUAAGAAGAUAUGUUAACAUUUUCACAUAGGGGACCAGAGAAACAGGACCAUGGAGAAGCUAAAGUAUUCUAUAAGAAGAUAAACAUGGAAAUUAAGGUGUUUUGGGUUUUUUUUUUUUUUUAGCACUCUUAGAAACAUUUUUAUUAGAGGUGUUCUUAAAUCCUUCACUAUAUGCAUUGCAGAAUGAGGAUCACUUCCAUUUACUGAUAUAAUUCUGGUCUGAAUGUAGCUUGCAAAUAAUGUUCUUAGAAACAAGUGAUUAUUUCUUGAUUGACUAUUUGCCAGAUAUAGAAAGAUACGUAUGUGUGAGCUUCUUAAUGCAUGCUUAUGAAGGCAGCAAGCUCUAUCAUAGGAUUACCAUAGGAUGUUUAAUGGUCGGCUCUCUUCAGAGGCUGAGAAAUGGGUCAGGUAAUUUUCCCAAGUAUUGUUUAUCUAUGUAUGUUGUCGAGAGCAUGUUAUUUUUGCCUGCUUAGCAUACUUCACCCUUCUUCCGGUAACUGCAUGCCACUCUUGCUUAGGGAAAUGAACACGUCCCCAUUCUAUGAAGCCCAGUGGAACUCUCCAUGGUAUCCUCUUUGUCCCCACUCACAAGACAUGUGACCUGCAAAAGGUCAGUCAUUAGCCCUGCAUCCUAACAAGAGACUGCCCAGGCCCUUCUGCUACUAAGAUCUCCAGUGAUUCCAUGCCCACUGGGCUUCCUCCCAGGAGGCUUUUCAACAAGCAAGAUAAUAAUAGCAAACUUUUAAUAAAGACCUCUGCCUAAAGGGCUUUACACAUAUAAUCCUCUUUAAUUAUCUCAGCAAUCUUGUAUGAACUAAGUACUAUUAUUCCUGUUUAUAAAUAAAUAACCCAGAACCAGAAAAGUGGCUUGCAGGUGAGGAGGACUAGAAUUUCAAGCCAGUAAGUUUGAAUCCAGAGUCCAUUUCCACAAACCCUUUCUAGAGUCUGGUACUUUGGAAAACAUCAUUUUCUUUAUUAGUGUGAACCAAAUUCAAAUUAUGCUGAUAGGGAGAGAAGUCAAAAGUACUCAAAUUGGCAUAAAAAUUAAAUUAUGUCCUUCAGUUGACCCCAAGUGGGAUUUUUUUGAUUAAUAUGCAAGGAGGUACAAAAGACAACAAAUCUUCUAUUUAGAUUCUCUGAUGGGAAUGUACACACCAUGAUAUUCAAUGGCAAAUGUAUACUUACACCUCUGAUCACCUAAAACCAUGCACCACCUAGAAUGAAACUAUAGUGAUUAAGAA